AUGUCUGGUCGUGGCAAAGGCGGGAAGGGUCUCGGGAAAGGUGGCGCAAAGUGCCACCGUAAGGUGUUGCGCGACAAUAUCCAAGUCAUCACUAAGCCCGCCAUCCGUUGCCUGGCCAGGCAUGGGGGUAUGAAGCGUAUCUCUGGCCUCAUUUACGAGGAGACUCGCGGGGUACUAAAGGUUUUUCUGGAAAAUAUGAUCCGCGACGCCGUCACCUACACGGAACACGCCAAGCCCAAGACAGUGACUGCCAUGGACAUUAUCUAUGCGCUCAAGCGCCAGGGCCGCACCCUAUACAGCUUUGGCGGCUAA